AUGUCGUCUCAUCUGACUAGAAAGCAAUGCAACACAGUGGCAGCCGUGCUCCACUUCAGAGUCCCCUAUCUAAAUCACGUUCCCAUACAAGAGGACUUCAGAGUCCGCUAUCUAAAUCACGUUCCCAUACAAGAUGACUUCAGAGUCCCCUAUCUAAAUCACGUUCCCAUACAAGAGGACUUCAGAGUCCGCUAUCUAAAUCACGUUCCCAUACAAGAUGACUUCAGAGUCCCCUAUCUAAAUCACGUUCCCAUACAAGAGGACUUCAGAGUCCCCUAUCUAAAUCACGUUCCCAUACAAGAUGACUUCAGAGUCCGCAAUCUAAAUCACGUUCCCAUACAAGAUGACUUCAGAGUCCCCUAUCUAAAUCACGUUCCCAUACAAGAGGACUUCAGAGUCCCCUAUCUAAAUCACGUUCCCAUACAAGAUGACUUCAGAGUCCCCUAUCUAAAUCACGUUACCAUACAAGAUGACUUCAGAGUCCCCUAUCUAAAUCACAUUACCAUACAAGAUUACUUCAGAGUCCCCUAUCUAAAUCACAUUCCCAUACAAGAGGACUUCAGAGUCCCCUAUCUAAAUCACGUUCCCAUACAAGAUGACUUCAGAGUCCCCUAUCUAAAUCAUGUUACCAUACAAGAUGACUUCAGAGUCCCCUAUCUAAAUCACGUUCCCAUACAAGAGGACUUCAGAGUCCCCUAUCUACAUACAAGAUUACUUCAGAGUCCCCUAUCUAAAUCACUUUACCAUACAAGAUUACUUCAGAGUCCCCUAUCUAAAUCACGUUCCCAUACAAGAGGACUUCAGAGUCCCCUAUCUAAAUCACGUUCCCAUACAAGAUUACUUCAGAGUCCCCUAUCUAAAUCACGUUCCCAUACAAGAGGACUUCAGAGUCCCCUAUCUAAAUCACCUUACCAUACAAGAUGACUUCAGAGUCCCCUAUCUAAAUCACGUUCCCAUACAAGAAGACUUCAGAGUCCCCUAUCUAAAUCACCUUACCAUACAAGAUGACAGAGAUACAAGAGGUUUUAGCAUGUCGUUUAAAUAACUUUGUUGUUGUUGUUGUUGGGAAAAUUGAUGUAGGACAUUGGGACAAUUAUAGGACUGCAUCCAUAGACCAGAGAGAGACAUAUUCACAUAGAGACACAAUCCAUUCACACUGGGUCACAAACAUACACAAGACACAUACCUCGUAGCUCUACCACCACGUUUCAGUCGGUGAAUGGUACAAGGCUAUCGUUCGACUGGCGCGUAGGAUACCUCGCAUUGUCCGCGUUAUCAUGCGCGCGUUGUUUUUUUUUGUACAUUUGUAUCUUAUGUUUUAGUAAAUGUCAACUUGUUUUAUAGGCUUCCCCUUCCACUUUGUAUAUCAUUCAAAACUUUUACUGUAAAACUUUCCAAAAUUCUUAUAUACCGAUUCACGUUCUUCCACGUGAACAUGGUGGCGAUAGAUUGCACUGAACAAGGUCAUUAUAGAUUACAUUAUAGGACUAUUGGAUAGAUUUUAAAGAACACGGAAACACAAUCCUGAAACAGUGGUAGAAGACCUGAAAUUGUUUUUAGCGAUGUUGUUUUCAAAAAAUGAAAAAUAAAAUUUAAAAAAGUAUUUAAUGCUAAAAAAUGAAUGACGACGUCAUGACUGGAAAUGUCUUACAGCUAUUUUCUUAUUUUGUUUUUGCGCUUUUGUGUUUGAUAUUGUUUCUCUCCUCAGACAAUCAUGAAGUAGACUAGAUACUGCAUAUCGCUCGAGUACCCAAAGGGUACCCUAUUCCCUAUAUAGUGCACUACUUUUGGGCCCUUGUUAACAGUAGUGCACUAAUAUAAGGAAUAAGAUGCCAUUUUUGAGAUGCAUCCAUGAUGUUAAUUAACAUCUGAAUGGUUUCCUUGGUUUCACCCCCCCCCCCCCCCCCCCCCCAUGUGGGCUGUUUUAACAACUUCCUGUUUAUAUCACCAUGCCAACUUCACACUCUUGAGAAAUAUGUGUGUCAAUAUAAUUUUGUUUUAUAUUGGAGACCAUCAAUUAUAUAUGGAUACUAUUUUGUGUCGGUUUUGGGUACAUUGUUAAACGUUUGUAUGUAUGUUUUAGUUUUUUUUGUGUUGAAAUAAAGAUUUAGUCCUUGGUUAAA